CAAGGCCUCAAAUCGCUCCAUGAGUUUCAUGAAUUUAAUUCGACCUCAUCAAUUUGAUCUUAAUCAUCACUUUCGUUUCAAAAUUUAGAUCACUUAUUUUCCCUCUUUUCUCUGGAUCUGGAACCCUAGCCUCAUCCACACAUCCAAUAUCCUCCAUCCUCUUUCCUCCCUACAGCUCUAAUUAAGAUCUUGAAUUGGCGCCUUAUAUGAGCAAACAUGGAGAAGGGAGGUGGAAUGCUAUUGAAGAGAGCGGCCGGUCGACGGAGGGAGGCGACGAUUGGCGGAGAGGGCGGUUGGAGGGUGUCGUGAGAAUGAGUAGCAGGCGGAGGGUGGCGGAGGAGACGGUGGCGGAAACGGAGGGGCAGCGGUGGUGGAGUGCGGCGGUGAUCCGAUGGGCUGAGAUAUGCCGAUAUGGAAUGGUGACAAGAAACUGUAGAGGGUUCUUUGUUCUCUCUGAUUGUCGGCGAUCUCUCAACACCCGCACCUCAGACUGGUACGUUAAACUCUCUAACUACAAGGUAAUAUUUGUUUUUCUCGAUUCUUCUGGGGUUUGUAUCAGUUAUAUUGAUAGAAUGCUUAAUAGUUAA